AUGAACAUUAUUCUAUCGUUUCCAGCCGAUGACUUCGAAAAAGUCGCAAGGUCCGACGAGAAUGCGUCGAAUCGAACCGGCACGAGUUCAACGGCAAAGUCGCUCCGCAAAAUCACACUAAUGGACAUUUUCGACGUGCGCAAAUUCCAGUCCCAUCGGGAUUUCGUCUUUGCUGACGGCCGAUUACACGCCGUUUCAGACUAUUCAUUAAUCGCUUUACUUCCUGUCAUUCUUGUCGCAAUACUAAUCGUCGGCAUCUUUUGUGUUUAUCGAUUUCGUAGGUGGAAGAGCAACCGGAAACAGCUCGCCGAGCUUAGUGCAUUCUACGAAAUAGUCGAGUCUUCACCAUGCAUCUCGAACAAAUCCUUCUUGAUUCAACAUUUAAAGCAUGCUGAGACCCAUGACUGUGAUCGCGUCUCCCGAGCAGUUUGUGUGCCUACUACAAAUUCUUUAUUUUUUCAACCCGUCCCUCCCAAAUGCAAACCAACAAAGCCAUGCUCAAAUGUGCUCAAAGCGCUCAACGCAAAUGACGUGAUAUUUCAUUUUUCACAAUUACCUGAAAAUGAAAAGCCAAGAAAAAAGAAUUCACUAAUACAUCGGGUCUAA